AUGGCGCCACCGGACCUGCUUACUGCCACAGCGCAUCAGCUUGAGCGUGCUCUAGCCGAGGGCAAAGCGUCAAGCACGCAGCUAGUCACGGCGUACCUCGGACGCAUCGCCAAGUACAAUCCAUUCCUAAAUGCAAUCAUCUCCACUGCUCCCACGAGCUCGCUAUUGUCCAUCGCUCGCCAUCUUGACCAGGAGAGAGCAGAUGGGCAUGUUCGAGGCCCGCUUCACGGGAUUCCGAUCCUUCUCAAGGACAACAUCGCCACGCGUCAUGCGUUGGGAAUGGAAACCACUGCUGGCACAUUUGCGCUUGUCGGGUCAGUGGUUAAGCAGAAUGCCCCGCUCGUUACUCAAGUAGGGGCUUUCCGACAAUCCGCAGCAUCUCGAGGAAGCUGGCCUCAUCAUACUUGGCAAAGCCAACCUCAGUGUGAGUCUAGUGCUGCGAGCAGAGACUUCCCGGACCCUAUCCACAUAUCCAACUCACUGCUCACUCACGUCAGUGGCUUUUGGAUGCCAUGUGGGUGGUCGGCUGUAGGUGGCUUGACUCAGUCGCCGUACGUCGUUGGCGGCAAGCAGUGGGACGAUGGAUUUGGUGGACACAGUAGCUGUGGCGGCUCAUCUUCAGGGUCAUGUGUUGCAGUUGCAGCUGGCCUAGCCCCCCUCUCCAUCGGCACCGAGACCAACGGCUCGUUACUGAUGCCAGCCACUCGCAACGACGUCUAUACAAUCAAGCCAACCCUUGGACUCAUUGACGCCAGCGGAAUCGUGCCCAUCUGUCGCGAAUUCGACUCUGCUGGCCCGAUUGCUCAUUGCGCCACAGACAUCGCUUACCUCAUGGACAUCCUAGUAAAUCCCGAGCUAUCUGCGCAUGUGCCUCCAGGUGGAUACCAGAGCCAGCUCACUGGCUCCCUCGAGGGACUCCGGAUUGGUGUCCUUGACCCGAGAGAAUGGCAUUUACCAACCGUGGAAUCUGACAUCCUUGAAGCAUAUGGCAAAUUGACCAUAGCCGUUGCUGAGGUCCGCAGAGUUCAACUUCCGUCUUUGGAUGGCUUGGAAGUUGACGGCAUGAGCCACAUUGCUCGAGUCAUGAAUUCCGGGUUCAAGACUGACGUCGAAGGCUACCUUGCGGGUCCACAAAGCUCCACAGUGAGGACGCUUGACGACUUGAUGCAGUUCAUGACCGACCAUGCGGACCAAGAGUUUCCACCUGAGGCCAUUGACGAAUGCUUGCAAAAGCACAACGUAGAUGUCAUUCUUGGACCAGCGGACAGCGAGCUUGACGACUACUAUUGUGUUGCAGGCUACCCGAUGGCACAUCUCCCGCUUUCGUCUUCCAAGCACAGUCUCCGUCCUUUCGGAAUGUGUGCCAUGGCUUCGGAAUGCCAAGAAGGUCUUCUUGUGCGGGUGACGAGUGGAUGGGAGAAGACUGUGCAAACAAGUAGACAGCUACCAAAGCCAGGAGUGCCUGCCAGGCAGGAGUUGGCAUGA